ACCACUUCCAAGGCCAUGGAGACCUAUUCCGACGAGCUAGCACCAUCGAGCGGCUCGAUUAUCAAGAAGAAGAGCGCUAGCAGCAUUUCCAAGAGAUGUUCUAGCGUUCUCGAUGGCGGCGAUUCUCCAUACUACCUCGGCUGGAAGGAAUUCCAAAGAAAUCCAUACGAUCCGGUCUUCAAUCCGGGUGGAUGCAUUCAGCUAGGCUUGGCGGAAUCCAAGCUUUCUUUGGAUUUGCUGGAACAAUGGCUUGAUUCACAUCCAGAAGCUACAAGAUUUCCAGUGGACGAGAUUGCCGUGUAUCCAGACUAUGCCGGACUAGCGAGCUUUCGAAAAGUUUUCGCGAGCUUCAUGGAAGAAGUACUUGGAGGAGGCCAAGUAGCUUUCGAUCCAGACAACAUUGUGAUGACUGCCGGUGCGACGGCAGCCAUUGACGUGCUAAGCUUUUGCCUGGCUCAAGCGGGAGAUGUGUUCCUGGUUCCAGCGCCUUAUUAUCCCGGUUUUACAAGAGACAGCCGAUGGAGGAGCGACGUAGAGCUCACUCCCGUGGAGAGCAGCAGCGCCAAUGGAUUCAACGUAACGCCAGCGUCGCUCAAGGCGGCUUUCCAUCAAUGCGCCAAGCUCGGGAAGAAGGUCCGCGCGCUGCUCGUAGCGUCACCCAGCAACCCCGUCGGCAAUUCCUUGCAAGCUGAUACGCUCAAGCAGAUGCUGGAGUUCACCAAGAGCGAAGGGAUUCACCUCAUCUGCGAUGAAGUUUAUGCCGGCUCCACCUUCGACGAUCCGGAGUUUGUCAGCAUUGCCAAAAUCAUGGAAUCCGGGGACUACGACCGAGCCAGCGUCCAUAUGGUCUACGGCAUAUCCAAGGACCUGGGACUCCCUGGACUGAGAGUCGGGGCACUCUACUCUUGGAACAAGCAGGUUCUAUCAACGGCAGCUAGACUGGGAAGGUUUUGCUCGGUUUCAACGCAGACGCAGUGCUUCGUCAGUGCUUUUCUCUCGGACAAGGAGUUCGUUCGUGACUACCUGCGAGAGAAUAAGAAGAGGUUGAAAGCUAGACGAGACUGGGUGGUGGAAAUGCUGAGAAACACAGGUACCGGCUGCGCGAAAGGCAACGCUGGUUUCUAUUGCUGGAUAGACUUGUCAAGAUUCCUAAAGGCACCCACGGAAGAAGCAGAGACCGAGCUGUGGAAGAAAGUGGUGUACGAGGUUGGGCUGAACUUAACUCCUGGGAGUGCUUGCCACUCCCCGGAGCCAGGCUGGUUCCGGUUUUGCUUUGCAAACCAGGACGAGGAUACUUUAGAAGUGGCUAUUCGACGAUUGGAGGAUCUACGUGCGUGAAAGACCGUGAGUACAAACAAAAGAAGAAAGGCUCACUCAGUAUUCCAA